GAAAUAAUCAAUCCCAAAAUCCAUCAAUUUUAUCUCCACUAUAGACAACUUUCUAACAACGUGGACCUCUUUUUAAGCUCGAAAUUAAACUCGUCAUCCUGUAUCUAAUCGCUAAACCCCCGGUUCCAAAAAAAACCCCUCACCUCCUAUCCAUCAUCUAUCAUUUUAUUUUCCCCCGCCCUCCCAACGUCCCCAAAAAAAGGUCAUCUGCAUAAAAUAAAAAACCGGACACAGACACUGACACUGACACUGACACAAUUCCAUCAACUGCUCCACCGCCAAAAGUGAUUGUGAGAUAGAGUUGCAGAACAAGGCCUGCACACACCACCCAUCCACCCAUUGGCGCCUCACUAUCAUGCAGUCAAUCACUGCAGCACGCAGCAGCCACCACUCACCCAAAACGGCCAUCACACUACGGGCACCACGCUCUUGAGAGGUGCCACGCUCCUCCCUGUGCGCGGCGAGGAGGCAGAUACCCGCCUUGUCCCCAGCGAGGGCGCAGGUUGCUCAGCUCCUCGGCUCCUCCUUCUACACUAUCUUCUCGUACUAUAUACCGGAAACUUCCGCCGAAGUGAUAUCCCACCCCCAGCAUAUACGUCACUAACGUCCGCUCCCACGACCGAACCACAUGACCCGCGGCAGCCAGCGGGCCCGCCCAUCACUCGGCUUGGACCAGCUAGGUGAGCUGACGCUGAGUGGUUUGGUUGGCUGCACCGUAGAGCCGCAGCAGCGUGGAGCCUCGUCGGGUGCGCGCCUGGGUUGCGUGGUGAGCGCGGGGACGACAAGCUUUCUUCGUCAGCGCAGCCUGGUUGUCAUUUGGAUCAUCGGUUUAUCGGUCUACUUUGUCUUUGUCCCAUCAUCAAGGCUAAUUUAGUGAGGUGGGGAGAUAGAUAGAUUCUAGUGUUUCCCUAUUUCUGGAAUCCAGCUCGACGAUCCGGACGGGAGCAGAGAAUGUCGACUACCACAACACCGCACGCGGAGUCAUCGGCUACCGCUACGAGAGGCAAGGAGCGCACGUUGGCGGAUGCGAUGAGGGAGCCGAGCGUGGCGGUGCCGGCGGUGGUGGUGCUGGAUGAGGCGCAUGUGGAGGUGCCGAGACGGGUGUUUGUUAGUGCGAAUAGGGACUUGUGGCUUUCGACUGUGGAUGGGCGUCAUCAAUCGCCGAUUAUACCGGUCAGGUGCGGGCCUGAGGCGGAGACGUUUUACGUACAUAAGGAUAUCCUCACGAAAUCGGAGUUCUUCAGGAAUGCGCUUGAUGGGCGGUUUAGGGAGGCGGGUGAGCAGGCCGUGGACCUGCCGGAGGAGGGCCCGGCUUUGUUCAGCUUUGUGGUGGCAUACCUUUAUGAAGGGAAAUUUUCACCUAUCAAACCUGCGGCGGAUGCAUUGGUUGUGGAACUCCCAAAGGGGAAAGGGAGAGAGGGCGAAGAAGAGAACGAAGGAUCAGAAAGUGGUAGCGGCAGCGAAAUUGGCAACAGCAGCAGUGACGACUCAAUGCCAAGCGAACGCCGCCUCCAAGCCCGCCACCGCCGCCAACAGCGCAACCUCGACCGCCUCUCAACGUGCUUCAACCACAACCAGCGCCCGCCCUGCUGGAACUGCGGCGUGCAAUCCAACCGUCCCCCCCCCCUGCGCCGCGCCUACGCGGGAUACGUCGCCCCUCCAGGCGUCUGGGGUGUGCCUCCCCCUCCUCCACCUAUGGGCGUCCAUCCUCCGCAUCCCGGGGCGAUAAUGAAUCGUCGUGGCCCGCCGCGGCCGCAUGAUGGGAACCAGCCACGGCUCUCGAGGGAUAGGGGAAUCGCGGAUCCGGCGCCGGAUCCGAGGAUGGAUGGGGAGGAUAUGCGGACCUGGCUGAUGGCGUAUGAACUCAGCGUCGACGUGUAUAUCUGCGCCGAACGGUACUGUCUCGAUAAUUUCAAAGCAUGCAUACGGCUUUGCAUCAUCGAUUACCUCGAGACCGCCGGGAUGGAUGCUGCGCAGCCGCUUCUGCUGGAGUGUUGCCGGAAGUUGCAUGCGGGGCUGAGCAGCAAUGAUGUGUUGCUGAAAAUGGUGUUUGCGCGUGUGGGCUUCAUGUUGGCGAGGUUGUGGAAGAAUUAUGGGGAGGAGACGCAUUUGUUUUGGAUGGAGAAUGCGGAGGUGGGGGGGAUGAUUAUGAAGGAGACGAUGGAGAGGAGGGAGAUGGAUGCGGGGGAUGAUUUGCCGGCUAUGAGUAGAGUGUUUCAGGUGGGGAGGUAGGUGGUUACGAUGCACAGGUGACAGCAGGAGCCAGAGACUGUUAUUGAGUAUAUGAUGAGACGACUGGGAUAGACUGACAACGUAUAACGACAGAUCACGAACGAAGGGUAUGGUUUCUAGCGAAAAGAUGUGAUGACAAGUUUUCUUAUAUUCACGAACUAUUGUAUUCUUGGUGCAUUAGCCUUUUCAUUGUAGUUUGUAAGGUAGGAUUAUUUAUUCUCUCAUGACCAGAAAUUAUUAUUGUAUGAGUUUAUUAUAAGUCUAGUAGGAUUAGUAUCAAUGAGAAC